GUGGUGAGGGUAGAUCAAUGGCGGCUGCACAGCUGAAAACUGAUCGUGAACAAGGAGUGUUUUCUCAAGUAGACGACGACAUUUUGCAGAACAUUCUGGGGAGACUACCGGGGGUUGCUUUCGCGUCAGCCGCCUGCGUCAACACAACUUGGAACAAGAACUGCAGCCACAUGCUCUCUCAUCCCAAAUUUGCUUCUGCCCUUUCUCUUAACUCCGACCUGCACAAUGCGAUUGAUGAAGUUCUUGCCGAGAUUUUCUCUAAGCCAAUUCGACCGGACUUUGUUGUCGCAUAUAUUGGAACAAAUUUCAGCUUGGAAGAAACUCACCAACUUAUUACUGAGAAGAUAGGCUCUAGAAUUCCGAUCAUUACAAACAGAGCCAUGGGACUAAUCAGCACAGAUGUCGAAACUCGUAAUCUCCGCGAGGUGAACUGCGCUCAUGGUAACUCUGCACGGAACCCAGAAAUCAAUGGAGGCCUCGUCGUUUCCGUUGGAUUUGUGCCUGGCUUAAAAGUUGAAAUAUUUCCCCUACCGAGUCCAAGACAUGCACCGCACUUGCUUAUGAUGGAGCAUUUUGUGGGGGACAUUCUGAGCUAUUCGGGUCCUCUUCCGCCUUCAUGCAUGAUGAUGUUCGGGGAUAAACAUUUUGACAUGAACCUGGUUGUCGCAGCACUCGAUCAUGUAUUUUUAUAUGUAAAAAACUUGUACAUGGAUCUUAUGGCGGAUAUCUUCCGUUAUCUUGCAGAUGCUAUUAUGCCUGACAAGACUGCCAUCGUCGGUGAUGCAAGUGCCUCUUUUAUGUACACUCGGAGAAAUGAAACCGGAAAUUACAGUAGCGAUUUGUUCUACAUUGCCGGUGCAGCACUCGUUUUUGUAAAGGAUCAACACAAACCUGAUUACAUGGGGGAAAUUGAGUUCCAUGUCACAUUGUCGCCGAGUUUGAUGCCAUUCGGUCCUCAAAUCAAGACAAUAUCAUCUUAUGAGACGCCUACUCAUAGUUCAUGGAUUUCCGCUGUAAUGUCAGAGUUCGAAGGUGUCUUCAUUGAUUCCCACACCAUUCUAAGGGAGCUUCGAAGCCAGUUGGGCAUGUCGGACAUUUACGCUGGGGUCACCAAAAGAAGACAAUACCACAACGGAGCAGGACCACCAGUCUCCAUGACAACCUUGAAUUUUCAUGAAGUUAGAGGGGGAUAUGGGGACUACAUUCUUGUUGAUGGUGUGGGAAUCCAACCCGAUGACGUCUUCUUCUUCUACCAUUCAGAUGCUGCAACUGCAAUGAACACCGUUGAUUAUGCAUCUGAUAACCUUCAAACUUUGGUUCACAAUGAUUCCGAUAUCCAGCGAAAGGUGUUCGGAGGGUUUAUCUUCUCCAGCAACAAACGCGGCAUAUCGUUGUUCAAUAGACGUAAUGUUGACUGUAAGCCAUUUGCUGACAACUUCCCAGGAGUUCCGGUAGCUGGAAUGUUUGGAAAUGGGGAGAUCGCGUGUGGUGCUUUGCUUGGUGAAGAAGAAAACCAAGAACUCGGUCAUCCUCGUUGCUGCGUCCAUGCUUGUAGUUCUGUGUACUUGGCCAUGACUUAUGUUCCUCCGCAAGCUCCAUAUUACUUGGAGUAGAUGUUUGGUCGUUUUUCUCCCAUUGGAAUAAAUAAAGUUGGGAGAGAUUAGGGUUCUUGUGUUGUUUUAGUUAAGGUGUUGGCAGAAGUUGGUGUUCUGUCCUAUCAUAUGUUGUUGUAAGCGUUUGGAUUAUGUCCUAGGUCUAAGGCAAGCACUUCA